AGGCAAAGGGGAGGGGCUUUCAAGGGAGAAAUAGAGGAGAAAGGGCUGGAUGGGAAAGAUAGACGGAGGGAGGGAUACAGACGAGUGAUAAAGAAACACGCUGAGAGCAGCAGAGGUAGACUGAGGCUGCAAACGGAGAUAAAAGUCUGGAUAUAAAUGCGCCAUACACUGGCUGAGGAAUAACAACUGCAGCAGGGUUAAGGAUACAAAGAAAAGGGGGGAAACAGAGAGAAGAUGGAUGUACAAACGGAGAACACGGACCCCCCGCCUUGUGAAUCUCAGCCAAGUGGAAAAAUCAGAAAAGGAUUCAAGCUGUUUGGCAAACGCAAGCCAGGUAACAUCUUUUCUAUUCGAAGCAAAGGGGAUGGAAACAACAAGUCACCUGUUAUCAGGAGCAAUACACUUGAUGGAUUAUCAGAGACUCCUGCACCAGAUUCAGAGCAGGAGUCAGACAAGGAAAAGGGACAGGAGCUGAGUGAAGGAGAGAGGGAGCAGGCGGACGAGGAACCACUUGGCGAAGAUGGCGUUCUGGCUGCUGCUCAUGCUCGCACCUCCAUUUCUUCAGCCAGCUCGGCCAAAUCCCUCAGCUUCUUGUCACUACUGAGGGGUGGCCGAAGAGGAGUGGGGGACCGCCAAGUCCAAACUGUGUCCCAGCCGACGGGGAGACAGCGUCGUGGGCUGAAGGGUCUCUUCAGCAAUGUUAAGUUCAGAUCAAAGGAUAAGGAGGACAAGGAGGAAGUCCCUCCGAGCCCACUGCUCAUGUCAUCCCGAGCCAAUAGUGUGGAGAUCAUCAAAGAGGACCUCACCCUCACACCCAAAUCCCAGCCUCGCUCUCUGGACAGCGAUGAGACUGAGAGCUAUGAGCCCACCAAGAGUUUAGCAACUCCAGACAGUGCAGCAACGUCCCCGUCAAAGACUCCCCAAGUGACAACAGUGAGUAAAACCAAUGAGCAUGUGCCACCUUCACCCACCUCUGAACCACCCAUGGUCCCUGGUGAUACGAGUCUGAGCUGCCUGCUGGCAGACAUCUCCUCUCUCCUGACCUUUGACUCAAUCACAGGGGGUGGAGACAUUAUGGCUGAUGUGGAGGCAGAGUGGGGGAAAGCCAGCAGUGCUAUCAGUCCAGUGUUAAGUGAAGUCACGUCUUCAUCCACAUCUCUCUUCUCCACACCCACCCUCUCCUCUCCACUGACUUCUACGUCUGUCAGCACUGCUGCCACAGCAAAGCCUUCUCCUGUAACUGUCCCCAUGACAGCUUCGACCCAAUCCUUCACUUCUCUGACAAAGACAACUUCAACCUUGUCUCCCAUUUCCAAGCCGAGCACCAUCAUCACAACUUUCACCAAAUCUUCCACUUUGACUACUUCCUCAGUCAAACUGAGCUCAGACUCUGCUCCAGCCACUGAGCCUUCUACCAGCAUUAAAAUUAAAUCAACUCCUGCACCCACUGUAACAAAACCCUCAACUACUCCUGUAACAUUAGCAAGCCUUUCGGCUCCAACGUCUUCCCAUUUGACGACAAUUAAAUCAACAACAAGCUCCACCUCUGCAGCUACUACAGCUCCUCCGAACACCCCAGCCACUGUAGUAAAGGCUCCUUCAGCCAGUCCAACUCUUACCUCGACAGCUAGCAAACUGGCUUCAGAGAUUGCAGAACCUCCUCAAAUGAUUUCUUCCGUAAGUAAACCUAGUCCUGUAGCUACUUUACCUCCUGUGUCUGCUAAACCUCCACCAGUAGCCCAUACCUCUCCCAUCACUGCUGCCAUUACCCAACCUCCAACUGCUAAAUUGGAUUCAGCUAGCAGUUCAAAUUUGCAAACAUCAACUUCCUACAAACCCUUCUUAAUGACUGCGGGAGAGUUCAAAGCCCCAGUGACAGUAUCACUGCCCAGCACAGUUACAACCAAACCUUCUCCUGCACCGGUUAUUCUCUCAAAGAUGACAACAGCUCCCACAUCAACUACAUCUGCAGACUCAGUAUCCCUUUCUAAGCCUGCACCCACCUCUACCCCAGUGGACCUAAAUAAAACCCCUCCCCUUCCUGUACGAGCUCCAGAUCUAUGUUCUUCCUCUACCUUUACUUCCUCUAAAACCCAACCCUCUCCUGCAUCUGUCCCAACUCCAUCCUCAACUUCUUUAGAUAAGAUUCUUCCCGCAGCUAAACCCGCUCCUGCACCAGUCUCUUUAGAUAAGAUGCCCCCAACUCCCACAACAAUUUCAGCCCCCACCUCUCAUGCUGUUGCCUUUACAGCAUCCCCAACACCUCCUAUUUUGGGUCAGAUCACAGUCUCUCACCCUAAGGCCCCCCCAGCUCCUGCUCAAAUCCCAGUUCCUGUAUCUAAAGAUCUGCCUCCUCCUGCUCAAAUGCAUGUUUCUCAAACUAAAGCCCCUCCCGCCCCUGCUCAGAUUCCAGUUUCUGUAUCGAAAGCCCCUCCCGCCCCAGCUCAAGUCCCACUUUCUGUAUCUAAAGAUCCACUUGCUUCUGCUCAAAUGCAAAUUCCUCAAUCUAAAGCCCCUCCUGCCCCUGCUCAGAUUCCAGUUUCUGUAUCGAAAGCCCCUCCCGCCCCAGCUCAAGUCCCACUUUCUGUAUCUAAAGAUCCACUUGCUUCUGCUCAAAUGCAAAUUCCUCAAUCUAAAGCCCCUCCUGCCCCUGCUCAGAUUCCAGUUUCUGUAGCUACAGGCCCUCCUGCCCCUAUUUGUAUCCCAACAUCUGUAUCAAAAGAACCAGUUUCUCAGCCCAAAGCUCAACCUGCACCUACAACUGCCCCUUGCCCUGUCACUUCUCCUCCUUUGACCCCUGCACCUUGUCCAAGUGAAGCUCCAGCCUCUGCUAAGCUGAGGGGAAGUGGAUUGGCAUCAGUGGACGGGCAGCUGGCUAGUUCAAACAUCACGGGAGCUCAGAGAGUUCAGGCUGUGUCAUCCAAAACAGAAGAACUGCAUAAUGAGCCCCCAAGAGAAAAGAAAAUGCCCCAGGUAAAGCCAUCGGGGCUUAGCAAAAUACCUGUAGUUGGAGGAGGCAGAGCGACCAAGCUACCUGUCCGAGACAACCAACACGCUGACAAUGAACUGAAUAGGGACCCGCCGACUCCUGUGCUGGAAGAAGAGAGGCCCCAUUUCAACUCACAUGAUGCAGGGAGCAAAGAUAAAAUUAGCGCUGUUGAGGCAAAUGUGCCCACCUCAAAACACAUCCAGGAGGAGAGUCAGCAGAUUCAACCACCGAAAGUCCUCAGCAGUUCAGCACGUGACUCAAAGAUCCCUGUGAAGCACGGCGCUCAAUCUCACACUGCCUCCCAGAUCCCUCAGAAAGAAGCCCCUCGCACCAAGAUACCCGUGUCCAAGGUCCCUGUCCGCAGGGUUGGUAAUAAACCUGCAGGUACAGGCGGCAGCACCCAGAUGAGAAAAUAAAUCAGUGGACUGGAUCAGUUAAUGACACAUCCUACGGCUCUGACUCAACAGUAUCAGAGUCGAGGAGGGCGACAGCACUCAAGCACAAAACAUCUCUACGGGGAGCUGAAGCAACAAGCCUGGCUCUUUCGUUCUGGGCCAACUGGACAUGCACUCAGGAAAGGUUCGGGGUCACACCUGGACACACAGCAGCAUCAGUGACUAAGGAAAAGCAAGAUAAAAGGUCGCCUGGGAACACGGUCACAUUCACACAACAUGGGCGAGUGCCUUUUUAAGGGUGCUUUUCCUACAGACUCUCAGAAUUUAUUCAGUCUUUUCUACAGUACUUUUAACUUUUGUUACUCCCACUUUUUGUAGGAACUGUCAAGUCUUUUUUGUCUUUCUUUCCAGCAAGUCUCUUUGAUAAUAACCAGUCCCUUUACCUUUUAUUUAUGUCAGGAGAUGAACCGCAGGAGCUCUAUAAAUUAAUGCAACAACCAAAUUUACAUUCCACACCUAUCUAUGGAUGUAUGUAGCAGAAAUCGUGCCAUUAAUUUUUGCACAUGAUGUUGAACUGUACAGCGCCUGUGUGUCCAUCUACUUAUAUGUAACAUUGUCAGAUCUCACUGUGAACUAAUGGAGGGACUGUGGUUUUGUGGACAGCAGCCAUUAUGAAUGGCACCGUGGACAUUUGAGCGAGACAGAGAGGAUGGUGAGAUGAGAUCUCCAGCUCGUACAGUGGCACAUCUUUAUCCUUACCCCAGCUAUACUCAGAUGAGAGCAGUAUCUCUGUGUAGAGACUCAUCUAUGUUGUUCUGUUUCCUAUUUAAUCAAUAAAACAAUAUGAGUACCGAGCAAGAUGA